GCUUGGGAAUGGGUCCGCGCGAUUCAGUUUAGCUUAAAGAAUCGGCGAAAAAUGAAGACUAUUUGCUUACUUUUGCUGUUCGCCCUGUUGGCUGUUGUCUAUGCUGCCCCAGCACCCGCAGCCUCUCCCGACGAGCCCACCGUUAACAUCCUGAGAUACAGAAACGAUCAGGAACUGGAGAACAUACAGCGUGCCAUAAUUGCGCAAUACGAGGGUCAACUGGGCGGCACCACACAGAUUCAUGCACCACGCACCGCAAAUGUCGUCAAUCCCCACACCCUAGGCAUCCACAUUUAAAU